AUGGACGGUCAGAUGUACUGUCAGAUGGACGGUCAGAUGGACGGUCAGAUGGACGGUCAGAUGGACGGUCAGAUGGACGGUCAGAUGGACGGUCAGAUGGACUGUCAGAUGGACGGUCAGAUGGACGGUCAGAUGGACUGUCAGAUGGACGGUCAGAUGGACGGUCAGAUGGACGGUCAGAUGGACUGUCAGAUGGACGGUCAGAUGGACGGUCAGAUGGACUGUCAGAUGGACGGUCAGAUAGACGGUCAAAUGGAAGGUCAGAUGGACGGUCAGACGGUCAAAUGGACGCCCCCAGUAACGAUGAAGGCCCUCCUCAGUCUGUUGGCUACCCUGUGUUUAACAAGAGAGAUCUUUGCCUACACCCUUGACCGUUUGCCUGAAGUUGCCGACACACUUGACCGUCUGUCUGAAGUUGACCGUCUGCCUGAAGUUGACCGUCUGCCUGAAGUUGACGGCAAAGUUGACCGUUUGCCUGAAGUUGACCGUCUGCCUGAAGUUGACGGCAAAGUUGACCGUCUGUCUGAAGUUUCCGACACACUUGACCGUCUGUCUGAAGUUGCCGAAAAAGUUGACCGUCUGCCUGAAGUUGACCACACACUUGACCGUUUGCCUGAAGUUGCCGACACAGUUGACCGUCUGCCUGAAGUUGACGAAAAAGUUGACCGUCUGCCUGAAGUUGACCACACAGUUGACCGUUUGCCUGAAGUUGACCACACACUUGACCGUCUGUCUGAAGUUGACGACUCAGUUGACCUUCAGCCGGAAAUUGCCGGCCGCACGUUUGAAGAGACGGAAAACUUUAGCACAAGUCCAGCGUCGACAUCAGGUAAUAUCCCUGAUGAAUGGCACUGCCUGAACAAAGAAGAUCUAAACUGCCCGGACAUCGACUUCUGUAUUGCCGCCUUGACCUGCGAGUGCGAGCCUGGAUGGGCCGGUGUGUACUGUACACAGCCCUGCUCGUCGCCCUGUGUACACGGGACAUGUGACGUCACAUCAGACGGGUCCUACUGCAACUGUCAGCCAUCUUGGACUGGGCUACACUGCGACCAGGAAAUCUACCCGGAAGGAUUUAGUAGACUAGAACAAGAAACGGCCACCGAAUGAAUCCAUCAUAACAAGGACGACAACUCUAGACCAUCUAUCAUAUUGACAAGGGCACUGGAGCUCUCCAUAACUAGAGAAACGACCACCCCGUCAGGAAAUAAAGUCAAAGCUUGAAAUCACUACGCUAGGGAAUAAAUAAAAAAAUAUAUACUAG